GCCGCCGACACGCUGCACCACGGGAGCGCGGGCCGCAUUCCACUCAUUCCGAUCGAAUCGCCACUAUCGCAAUCGCCGCGGUGACUAUAGCGUUGUACAGUGCAGUGCCGUUUUCCGAACACAGUUUCGCCAUAUUGCCGGUUUUACGAGGGUUUUUUUCGCGAACGUUGUUGGUAUACCUAUAGACGUACAGCGGGUAAGGACGACGUAGUGCAGGAUAAUAAUAUUGUAGUACGAAAUAAUAAUAAUAUAUAUUAUAUUACUAUUGUAGGUAUACGUCGGUGCGCGUGUGAGCGUCCCGUGCGGCCGUCCAGUGAAUGAUCGCCGUAAAACGGUAUCGUCGUCGUUCGUCGUAUCGUCUUCCGCCGUCGUCGCCACCGUGUGUGCGUAGUAAUAAUAUUAAAAUACGAUAACAUUGGAUAAUAUAAUUUUUGUUUUUCGUGCGAUUUUAUCCGGACAUAAUAUUAGAUUUACUGCGUACGUAUAUUUUUUACUCUGUGUGUUUUAUCGGCUAUAUCCGUUAAUUAAUACUUGUUCGCACGUUUUUUUUUUCACAUUUCAAUUCACUAGAUAUACAAAACGGCGUCAUGUCGUCCGUUUCGCAAACGACGCGCAUUUGACGCGUUUUCGAGGCCCGCGCUACAAUUAGCGCUUAAGCCUUCAACAAUAACAAUAAUAAAUAUAAUCGACACGCGAGACGUGAAUAGAAAAAAAAUACUUCCGCAACCAUAUUAUAGUCAUGGCCGAGGUCGACGUUUUCGACAUAGAAAUACAACACGGCGAGAGUUCCAAACGCGGACAGAAAAACAACAGCGAUUCCGAUGACGAACUUUUGGAAAUCGAAGAGGUAAAGUUCGUCGACAUUUAUUUUUAUGAGUACCUACAUCGGUACACUGAAACCUGUAGCCUUCUCUCGAUUGCCGUGCUCUAAACAUCACAAUCAUAUUUUGUUUUGUUGCAUUAAUUUAACUUAAAAUCUUAAGUCUCGUAAACUAUUAGGUAUUAUCCACUUGUGGAUCAUUCAUAAAUCCAUAGAAAUACUCUUCUAGGUUUAUCUACUGCUGUCAAAAUAGUUAUUUUAUAACUGUGAUUUGACCUUCCGUGCUUGUACUUACCACACGCACACACAUACACAGGGAUCAAAACACACUUAAAUAUACAUGCGUUUUACAUGUGCCUUUUUAUUAUUAUUAAGUUAUAUAUUAAAUUGAUUCGUUUCAAUUUAUUAUGCAACUACUAGGCAGUGGCGGAAUAGACAGUCCAUGGCCCACUGGUCAAAAUUAGUGGCUGUCUAAUGUUUAAAUAGUUUUUGAAAAUAUGAAAAAUAAAUAACAAACAAUUUUUAUUAGUGGCUAAUACCAAAAAAUGUAUAAGUAAAAUAAAUAUAAUAUGAUGUCAUUUUUACAUCAGUUACCUAUAGGUGUAGCUUCGAUAAUAGACAAAAUGAAAGAAAAAGACUGCGUUGGUUUGGGCAUGUCACGGUUAGAAAAAAAUCUGAAGCAGUAAACAUUGUAAUAAAUAUAAUCGCGGGAGGAAAGAGAUCGAGGAGUAGACUAAAAAUGUUGUGAUUAAAUACAAUUAAGAAUAUAUGAAGACAGUUAGUGUAUGGGAGGUGGGAAAUUGGGCCAAAUGAAAUUUAAUAGUAGGGUGGGCGACUCCAAAUAGUUCGAACGAAGGAAGAAAAGAACAAGAAUUACAAACUGUUUGAUAGGUAAAUAAAAGUAUUUUAUCAGAUUCUUAAAAAGCUGGACUUUAUUUAGAAACAAUCUUCAGCAUUAUCCGAGGCAUUAUCAUUAGUAAUUUAUCGUUUUUAUUUAACAUUAGUAAAUGAUAAUAAUAAUGCAAAACACCGACCCAUAGUUUCAAUGCGGGAAGCGGCGCAACGAGCAUUUUCUCACCUGUUCGCUGAACUAGAUUCCCAGACCUAAGUACCAAGUUUUGUAAGAUAGCCAAAAGUGUAUAACCUUUUUUUUUAAAAAUACAUUCAAACACACCAAAAUACCACUACUCUAGAAUAACUGAACAACUAUGAGUUAUAGCCUUAUGAAGUAUAAUAACUCUACUAAAAUACAAUAAUUGUGAUAAUAAAUUAAGUAAUUGUUUAGAUGCUAUUUUAAUAAAAAUUUGAAACCUUCUUUUUCCAAAAUACAUUUAAACCAAGUAUAUAGGUACUAUCUGUCUAAACACCACUAUAAUAACUUGACAAUUUGAGAAUAAUUAAAAAUUAUAGAUAUCUACUAAUGAAAUAUUAUAAUUGUGAUAAUGAUUUAAGUAUAUAUUCAGAUGUUAUUUAAUUUAAGUGUAUGUUAAUAAUUCUUAAUGUGCUUGAUUAAUUUUAAACUUAAGCAGAUAAAACCAUACUUUUUAUAUUUUUAAGGGUUUUUUUUGGAAAAUUAACUUUUUCUUUUAAAUUCAGAUUAAAAAUUAAUAGAUAGGUACAUAAGUCUUGAAUUAUUUGAAAACUAUAAUAUUAGUGAAUAAUUCACUACAUAAAUGUAACAAUGUAAUAGUUAAAUAGGUAGUUAGGUAUUUAAAUAUGAGUUGGUUUAUCCUUUGAAAAUAACAUUUAUGGUUAGGUAUGUAUAGAAAUUUCCACAUUACCUAUACAUUUAAUAUGUAAUAAUUAUUUAAUGUUGAUAUACUAUACUAAUAGUCCCUAAUAGUUAAUUACCUAUAUUAAAGAUUACCUGUGUCAUUAAAUAAUAUUUCUUAGAUAGAUAUUAGGGAGGUUACAUAGAUAAUUGUAUUAUAAAGAAAAUAUUACCUACUGUAUAAUAAUACAGUAAUGAGAGAUUUAAUAUUUUUUUAAUUUAAUAUUACCUACCAAUAUUUAAUACAGGUAUUGAUUUUAUGGCAGGCACAUAAUGAAAAAUAAAUUGAAAAUGAAAAUCUGCCCAUUAUAGGAAUAUUUAAUGGUCAUCUAAAUAGAUUUGGUAGAUAGGUACCUACCGAACUAUUUAAAUGUAAUACAAUAAAACAGAAAUCUUUCAAAUUGGUUCCAAGUUGUUAUGAGAUAAAUUUAAUAUAUUUUACUGUUUUGAACGUCUCUAAAAAUAUUGACUAUUGUACCAAGGUAUAUCUAGUGAUAAAAUAAUGUAAAUAUCAAUUCAAAAUUUUAAAAUUGCCUGUACCUACUCAAUAGGUACAGACUAGGUUCUAGUCAAUUUUCAUGGAAAACAAUUAUUUUAUCUUAUGACCAUAAAAUUCCGAACUCGAUACUUUAUUAUCAGGGAAUAUGUAUAUGGCUAUUAAUGUCAUUUUUUAAAUACCAAAUCUAUUAUAUUUUUAUUAUUUUCCUAAAUUAUUUGUAUACCUACUUUCAAUUUAUUAAUCUUUAAAUGCUUUUUUUGUUGUUAUGUUGAAAUUCGUGUGGCAUGUGUCUAUUUAGUAAUUAGUUUUGUUAGUCACCAAUAUUAUAAAAACACAAUAUUAUGAAGUGUAAAUAUGUAUCUUAUUACAGAUUAACUUGCUGUAAAGUUAUCAAAGAUGUUUUCAUUAAUCUUUUAAAAAAUAGCUAAUCAUCAUUUUCAUAAUGAAAAUAAAUAAGUUAGAAGUUAUUAACUCAAUUCAAUUAUUAGAAUAGGUUUAAAUUUAUUAAAUAUUAUUUAAAAAAUAUAUAGAUUGGUAGGUUCUUAAAUAGAUGCGUGUAUAAUGUAAGUUAACUAUAAAAAAAAAUUGAAUUUAUUUUAAUAAUUAAUAAUAUAUACAAAAUUGUUAAAUAUCCUAUUUACUAUAUUUGAUCAUAUUUUUUAAAAUAAAUAGUACAUUUAAUUUUGUUAUUUAAUAGGUACAUAUUUUAUCAAACUUUUUCAUACAUAUUUUCAAAAUUUGUUCUUUAAUUUGUCAUUGUUAUAUAAAUAUCAACUAAGUAUCUAUUAUAGGUAUUUAUUUAAUUGUAUCAGAUAAUAGAUUCCAUAUAAUAUCUAUUUUAUGUUAUAGGUUAUAGUAUAACCAUCAACAUUUUAUUUUAUCAUUAGGUUAACGGACAUAAUGAAAAUCCAAUAUUAUUAUUUUCUAAAGUAUUAAGUUUACAUACAUAUUAUGUUGGUACCUUACAUUUUAAUACAGAAAAAGAUAAGAUUGUUGAACAGAAAAAGGUAUAUUAUAUGUAUUUUACACUUUAGGAUGACAUUAGGAUUUGAGAACAGAUUAGGUUCCAAUUACCACAUCUUUCAAAAUUAAAAUCACUAUCAGUAUCCAAUAUAACCUUAUUGACCUUGAUUCUUUUUACAACUAUUAAGUACAGACUGUUGACAUUUAUUGUAUUUAUCUAAAAAGUAAUUACUAAUUGCUAAUGAAUAAUGAUUUAUCAAUUAAUAUUGCAUUUGAUUAAAAUAAAUAUAUUUAUACAUAGAAUCAUAAAAUUCCAUAUAAUAAAAAGCUAUUUAAACAGCAUGAAGAAUACAAUUAUAACAUACCCAAUACCACAAAUAUUGAAUAAAUAAACUAUCAAUUGUCUAUAGUAAAUUGCUUUGUUAAAUAAAUAGGUAGCUAUAUACCUAGUUAAGUACUUGCCCAAACCCGCCUAAAUUAAAAACAUUACUUGCCCAACCCGGUUAAUUAUGUUGAAUGUCAAGCUCAGUCUGAAUCGUUUUACUAAAACAUUUGACCAGAUCUAGCUCAACCCAAAUCAUUUACUUAAACAUUUGAUAAGGCCAAACCUUGUUUUAAUUUUGUUUGAUUUAAAUUUUAAAUUUACUUUAAGUAAAUGAAACUGUUAGAAUUAUUGCAAUUUAAGCUCGGCUUGGCAUGUUUAAAUUUAAUUUAAUUUUUGUUGGCCUGGCUAAGCUGGCCAACUAACAAAAGUGACAGGGAUCAACCCUACUGUGUUUAUGACAUAGCCUGUCCUAAACCUGUGCAAGAUUUAGGUAGGUCACCAUUAUAUACAAAUUUGGUAAAUGUAUUGGAAAUACAAAAUAAAAUAAUUUACCUUUUGAACAAUAUACAUUUUUUUAAAUUCUAAAUUUCUGAUAUACCUACCAACUAUAACUUAGAUUAACAUUGGUAUGAAUUACUUGUUUUAAAAUUGCUAAAUAAGGUAAAUAAAUUAAUGUCUAUUAUUCUAUUAGGUUUAUGAUUAAUUUCAUUAUCAAGUAGGUUAAAAUAAAAUUACCUAAUCAUUUUUAAAAUUAUUUAUUUCCUAUGUUUUUAAAUAAUCAGCUAGAAAUGUCUUAAUUAAAAAAAAAAAAAUAAAAAUCAGAUUAUUGCUUUUACACCAAUUAUUAGCAUUUAAUAUUUGUAUCCUUAAGCUACCAAAGUUUUAUAAGUUUCAUUAAAUCUACAGCAACUUUACUUAUCGACCUAUUAUUUUUUUUUUAAAUAAAUGAUUUAUGCAAUUUCAUUAAUAUUUUUUGAAUCUAUUUUAUUUUAUUACCAAGAUAAUAAUAUCAAAACAAUUGAAACUAUUAACUACCUAAUUAAUUUAUGUAUUUAUUCCAAUAAUUUUAUUCUGACUAUGAUGUUAAAGUUAAAUUUUUUAAUAUACAAAUUCAGAAACAGCAUUUUCUUCAAAUAAAUUAAAAUUUUCAUAUUGAAUAAUAAUAAGUAUUAUUUGAUUUAGAUACAUAUUAAAAAUGUUAAUUUUUAUUCCCAAUAUAGUAUUUUUGUUAAUGUUUUGAUAUAAAUAAUUAAAAAAAAGAAAAAGAAUUAUGAUUUGAAUAUUAAUUCUGUAAAUAAAAAAAUAUUGUUUAGGUAUAUUUAUAACUAUUCAGUCUUAAUUGUGUAUCUGGACCUCAAACUGGAUCAUGUAAUAAAUUUACUAGAGUUUAGAUUUUAUAUAAAUAUAAAUAAGAAAAUAAACCUAUUAUUAUUAUUUAUAAAUUGUAAUAAUUCUUUUUAAUUCUAUAUCUUUAAUUUAUUUUCAAUACCUAAUUAUUAUUUUGUUUAACAGGCAUGUUAUGCUCAAGAACCAAACAUUUAUGACUAUGACGAAAAGUAAGAUUGUAUUUUAAAGUUUACACAAAUUAUUUUUGUAUUAAGUAUUUUUAUUAUUAUUAUUAUUAUUAUUAUUAUUAUAUAUUAUUUUUCAAAACAUUAACUUUAGAAAUAUCUAAAGUAUUAAUAUCUUAUAUCUAUUGAUCGUUUCUUUUAUUGUUAAAUCUGGUUGGUCAUAUAAAAUUAUGUAGUUUGUAUUUUAAAUAUUCAACAUUAGUAAUGGCCUAUUAUAUUGAACAAUAUUUUUGUAAUAGUGGGGGAUAUGUUACCUGGAAACUAAGAAAAUACCUAGUAGACUAUGAAAGAUUAUUGAUUGUAAUUGACAUUUAAUUGGCUAUUUAAGUUUAAUAUUUGUUUAGUCCGUCACUGAUUUUUAAAUUUAACUAUUGGGUAAUAGCAUUAAAUAUUGUCUAGUAAAAUCCAAUCCAUUAAAUACCUAUUUUCUUAAGUGUUUACCUACUAUUUAAUUAUUAUUAUUUUUAGUCUAAUCCAAUAGGUAGAUAUUUUCACAAACUUAGUAUGUUAAUACAAAUAGUAUAUACAGGAUGUUUUUUCUAAUCAUUAUAGAAUCGUUUAAGCUUUAUUUUAAAACCAUUUUUUAUUUUUUACCCCUACUUCAUUUUUCUUAAAUAAGUACAUACUUUUGAUUUUCAAAUAGGAACCCCCUCUUUUGAACACAGGUUUGAAUAAAGAAUAUUUUUGUAGACAUUUUGAUAUACAUUACACUUAUUAGAUUUACCGUUUAUGAGUUAUAACAGAAUCUUUCCCUACUUCUCUGAUCUAAAUUUUAAACUGUUAUAACUCAUAAACAGUAAAUCUGAUAUUAGUGUUGUGUAUAUCAAAAUUUUUACAAAAAUAUCCUCUAUUCAAAUCUGUGUUAAAAAAAGUGGGAGAGGUUCCUAUUUGAAAAUCAAAAGUAUGUACUUAUUUAAGAUAUAUGGAGAAGGAGUAAAAAAUUUAAAAAAAGUUUUAAAAUAAAGCUUAAACGAUUCUAUAAUGAUUAGAAAAAACAGAAAUCAAAUUCACUUAAAAUCCUCUUGAGAUAAUUGCUGAUUCAUGAUAAAAAUAAUCACUUUGUAUACAGUGUCUAUCAAAAAUAUGUGAUGUAUUGGAAAAUAUUAAUUUUUUCUAGUAUUUGUUUUAACAAUUUAAGAAACAAGCAAAUCUAAAAUGUUUUAUAACGAUUGUUUUUGUUAUCUAUUUUUGGGGGGUGAAAAGCCUAUUUAAUUUUGAUUUACAAAUGACAACCUAGAUUUAAAAUUCCAUUAAUAAAUGUAGUAUUAAUAUAAAUACUUGACUGUUUACUGGUUGCAGUACAACAUUUAAUACAUUAUGAAGUAUAGGAUUCUUACUAGUUUUACUAAAUUUGUUAUCAAAUUAAUUAAUUAAUAUUUUUUUUUAAAUAUUUAUCUACAUUUUUAUUUAUUUAUUUUUUUAUUAUUAUUACUAUUAUAAUUGGGAUUUUAAAAUUGGGCUCAACAAAAAGAAGUUUAAAUACAUUUGGUGUUGUUAUUUUUGAUACCAAUCAACCUGCUGGUGAGAUAUUCCAUUUUUAAGUUUUAGUAAGGAGAGACUAGUAAGUAUUAUUCAAACACUGUGCGCCGUGCCAUCACACAAAUGGAUGGUCCACUACUCUAUUCCUACCCGAAUUUAAAAGUGGAAUAUUUCAUUGACGGGUUCACAGAAAUCAAAAAUUCCAAAAUGUAUUAAAAUAAAGACUUCAUCUAUUUAUAAAAUUUGUUAUAUUACUAAUAUUGCUAACACCAAAACUAAGGGGUUAAACAAAUAAUGGUAAUGAAACAUUUUAAAGUUGCUUCUUCAUUAAUUUUCAAAAAUAAAAAUUAAAUAAUGAAAAAAGUAAUACUAUCUGAGAGGUUUUAUAUUUCCAUUAUAUACAUUAUAUACACUUAAUAUAUUUUAUAUUGCUUAAUAUUUUAUACUUUAGUCUUAUUAGUAUUUAAACAAAAUAGAUAUUUUAUUUAGAUAUUCUCUAAUUAAUUCUUAUUAAUAGAAUGUAUGUAUGUUGUUUAAAUUAUUAGGUCUAGUGAUGUAGAAACAUUAAAGUUAUCGGACAAAACUGUAAACCAAACUAAAGAAAAGUUAACUCCAGAAUCUUUCAGUAUAUUGAAAGUAUUAGGAAAAGGAGGUUAUGGAAAAGUGUUUCAAGUUCGCAAAAAAACUGGUAAAGAUACAAACCGUAUUUUUGCCAUGAAAGUAUUACGUAAGGCAACUAUUGUAAGGAAUUCCAAGGAUAUGGCUCACACUAAAGCAGAACGUAAUAUACUCGAAGCUGUUAAGGUUCAAGUUCAAUUUUAUUUAUAAAAUAAUACAUUUUAAAAUGUUCAAUCUUAUUUGUGUUUUUGAUUUAAAUUUUAAGUUAAUAUUCAAUUUUUACAUACUUUUAGCAUCCAUUUAUAGUCAGUUUAUUUUAUGCAUUCCAAACAAACGGAAAACUUUAUCUUAUUUUGGAAUAUUUAAGUGGUGGUGAACUAUUCAUGCAUUUAGAACGAGAAGGCAUAUUUUUAGAAGACACAGCAUGGUAAAUUUUAUUUAUUAUUUAUUUAUUUAUAAAUAAUAUUUAGUAAUUGUAAAACCCAUAGAACAAUGUUGAUCGUAUGUAUAUAGAAUAUUAAUGAUGAUUAUUAUUAUUGAUUAUAGUACUUUUGAUGUACUAAUUCAACUUAAGUAAUAUUAAUAGUCAAUUGUGGUUGAUGAUAUUAAGUGUAACUGGUGUAAUCAAUUUAAUAUAACUCGUUAGAUUUCAUAAUUUAUAGAAUAAUAAAUAGGUCAUUCCAUGCCAAAUUGACCUACUGAAGAAACUGCCUCAACCUUGACCUGCAUUUUGUAUGUACUGGUACCUAUGUUUUCAAAUAAAUAUUUUACCCCAAAAUAAUUGUUUUCUUUAGACCGCCUAAUAUUUUUGUUUUUGAUUUGUUCUAAAUAAGCUUAAAUUAAUUUUACAAAACUAAAAAAUUUUAUAGAAAUUUUUAAUUUAUUUAAAAAAUAAUUUAUAUAUGUAUAUUUUACAUUUAAUCAUUAUUUUAUAUAAAACUAAUUGUAAUAAAAUAAAAUAUAAGUAGUCAUGGCAUGUAUAGAUCGUACAUAAUAUAUAGUACAUGCAAAAUAAAGUGUUAAAGUAGCAUAAUAUUUUAAGUUAUAAGAAUCUGUCAUUGUUUCAUUAAGGUUUUACAGUUACCUACGAAAGAAAUUGGUUAAAUUUUUAAAUUUUAUUUCUGUUAAUUAUUGUUGUACUAACCCAAGUAUUAUCAUUUUAAUAUUGCAGUUUUUAUCUAGCAGAAAUUAUUAUUGCAAUACAGCAUUUGCACAGUCAAGGCAUAAUUUACAGGUACCUACCAAUCAAAAUUACCACUAAUAUAUUUAUUUAUAUAUUAUAAGAAUUAUCACAAAGGUGCUCUGAUUCAUAUUGAGUGUGACAAUCUCCGAUAUUAGAAGAUAUUUUUUAUAAUACAUGUUUUUAAAUAAAUUGAAAUCCCCAGAAUAAUAUUAAUCAUAUUUAAAUAUCUAAUGAAUUAUAAUGUUAUUAUUUUGAUGUUCAAAAUGUAAUCUUUUUUCUCUAUUUGUAGAAUAUACCAAUAUAUCCUACCUAUCUAGUAUGAAUAUCUGUUAAACUGCCCCAUAGGCAAUGUAGGUGUCCCCUUUUGUAUUAUUAAUCUUAAUAUCCUUAAAACAAUGUAAUAAGUAUUUUACUAAGAAAAAUAUUAUAACAAUCUUGAAAUAGAAUAGAAAAAGUUCUAUUUUAUUUAAACUAUAAAAUUUCAAGUAAUUUAUGGAAUAUAGUUUUUUUGUCAGUUUUAAAUCCAAGUAUUUUUGAUUUAAGUAUUUUUUUUUUUUUUUUUUUAAGUAUUUUUCAUUUACUAAAAAUGUAUCUAAUAAAUAUUUAUAAAUUUGAAAAAUAAAUAAUAUUGUUUAUGAUCAAUAGAUAAUUAAUUUCUUAAUAUAUCUUCUUUUUUGGAGAGGUCAAUUGGAUAUUAAGACCACCUUGCCACAAAUUCAGUUCUCCAAUCUUUGUUAUCUAUCAGCUGUUCGUGAUUUUCAAUCUGAUUCUCCAUUUAGUGUCUAAUUUCAUCUUCUCACCUCAAACAACAACUCCCCAGUGAUCUUUAAUUAACUGGAUUCUCAUCCAUGGUCAUAUGUAUAAGCUGGUUCUUACUUCUAAGUAUUAAAUGUAACAAAAUGUUACAUUUAAUACACAAUUAUGUUUUUAACUAAAUAUUUAUACUAUUUAUAUGUAAAUUAUAAAGCAUAACUCAUGUUUUAUUAUUAUUUUUUGUGUUUGUAUACAGAGAUUUGAAACCAGAAAAUGUAUUAUUAGAUCAAGAUGGUCAUUUAAAGUUGACUGAUUUUGGUUUAUGUAAAGAACAUGUUCAUGGAGGUAGUGUAACUCAUACUUUUUGUGGUACAAUUGAAUACAUGUAAGAAAUUUUAAUUGUACAUGAAAUUUAGAGAAAGUUUAAUAUGCCAUGCAAAUUAAUUACUUGUAUCAGGGCACCAGAAAUUUUAACUAGGAGUGGACAUGGAAAACCAGUCGAUUGGUGGUCACUUGGAGCACUUAUGUUUGAUAUGCUGACAGGAACUGUAAGUAUUUGUAUUAUUAUUAUUGAAAUAAUAUAUUAUAAUUUUAACGUGUUUAUAAUAUUUUAGCCACCAUUUAGUGCAGAUAAUAGAAAAAAAACAAUUGAAAAAAUCCUUAGAGGAAAACUAAUAAUGCCACCUUAUGUAUCACCUGAAGCUAAAGAUCUUAUGAGAAAAUUGCUAAAAGUAUGCAUAAAACAAUAUUAUUUUUUUAUUAAAAAUAAUGUAUUUACUAACUUUCUAAUUUUACAGAGACAAGUUAGCCAUAGGUUGGGAUCAGGUCCAAAUCAGGGUGAAGACAUACGAAGUCAUCGUUUCUUCCAAAAAAUUAUCUGGAAAGACAUAAUAAAUCGUACUUGUGAAGCUCCAUAUAAGCCAAAAUUAGUAAGUCAAAUUGUUUCAUUUUUAUCUUACUGACAUUUUAGUAUUUAUAGUUUAAUUUAUUUAUUAUGAUUAUUUUAUUAUUAGAAUGGUGCAGAUGAUACAACACAAUUUGAUUCUAGAUUUACCAAUCAGCUACCAGUUGAUUCACCUGUAGAAGAUUCAUUAUUGCCACAUGAUAAUGAUGAAUUUAAAUUUGAUGUAACUAUUUGUAUAUCCCGUGUUAUACAAUCAUUCUGAUUUGCCAUCAAAUUGAUUUUACUGUAUAACAAAUUAAAGUGAUAUAUUAAUUACAUCAAAUACAAAGUAAAACAUUUAAUUAAAUUAAGAGAAACAUUUUCUGAAAAAAAAGUUAUUUAAUAUAUCACAAUAAUGGUUUUUAAUUACCCACCAUUUUAUUAUUAUUACUAUUAUAUUUGUUUUCAGGGUUUUACGUAUAUAGACCCAUCAUUAUUAGAUAGUCUGGGUAUGAGUACGAGCUGUGAGCAUACAUCAGGAGGUAUACAUCUGAGAACAGAAGACAUGGAAAAACAUUUAGAUGAAGAGGAUCAUUUUCCAAAGACUUUAUUGCAGAAAAAACAAAAACUUGACCCGAGAAUUCACAAAUCGACACCUACUGUAGUUCCGGCUGCUCGAUUAUGCGAUUCUAAAAGGCCUAUUGACCAAUUUUAUCGUGGGGUACUUAUUUAUAUUUUACAAACUAUACUUAACAUAAGUAUUUUAUUAUAUUUAUAUUUUAUUAUAUUUAUAUUUUAUAUAAUCAGCAAGUGCCACGGAAUCUUAAUCCAUUCAGUGAUUUUGAACCAAUUGCAUCGACUUGUGCUCAGCUCUCUGCAACUAGAAUCGAUGAACAAAUGGAUACUGAAAAACCAUCUUCUCCAGCACCAUAUUCAUUGGUAACUAGAUCCAAUCCAGUACCUGUAGAUCAACCCCGAAUUGUGCAACAGGGCAGGCUAACAGACCAAUCGAGGUUAUUUGAUGAGCGAAAACCGUAUAGACCUCAUGUGUUGACCACAAUUAGCAAUAAUAAUUUCCUGAAUCAAAACCAAGAUGAGAUGAUGGAAGUUGCUUCCACGUCUAGUAUACCGGCUCAAAUUUAAUUAACUAGGUAAAUAACUAAUUUUGCUUUUGUUAAUAAUUAUUGACAGCUUAUUUAUUCUAGGGUACCUAAUAUAUUUAGAAGAGACAUGUUUCCAAACCAAUCAUAGUUACCUCGGUUAGAAUGAGACACUUAAUUUAAUCUGGUAAAUCUUGGCUACUUUUAACUUGUAGCCCUAUUAUUUAGCAAAUUUUAUUUAGGUUUUUUUUUUUUGUAAUUCAUUGGCACUUAAUUCAAAUGAAUUAUUUUUACUAUUUUUCUAGUAUGUAAGGAUAAAAUUCACAAAAGCUGUUAAAAAUGUUUUAUUUCUAUAUUUGGAAAAAAUGUUAUAACUGUAUAAUUUAUUUAGUUAUAUGAUUUAAAUAGAAUUUGAAUAUGUAUAAUUUUUUUUUUUCCAAUAAGAUUUUGAACCGUUCAAUUACUGAUGUUAUAUUUGGGUAGUAAAUGUAUAUUAUUAUUAGGAUAAUUAGCCAAGAUUUAUCUGAUUGUAAGUAACAUUCAACAUUUUAUACGUUUGGGGUAAUAUUAAUUUUCCAUUUUGGCCAGCAUAUAAUGGAAAUAAUUCUCUUUUAAAUAAAACUAUGAUAUUGACGAAGUUUUCAAUUGUAUUACGAUAAAAUCAAUUAAGUUUACCUAUAUUGUUUUCUCUUUAUCUUCCAUUAGGGUUAUUGUUAUUUAGCUAAAUUAUUAAUCCAAUGUUUUAUUUUAAAUUAUUAUUUCUAUUUAAGUUGUUUUAGUUGCCUAUUAAAAUGUAAUUAAUUAAAAUUAGAUAAUUUUAUGAUAUUAGUCUGGGUUUUAAUAGUACUGCCUAUGGAAGAAUUUCAAGCAAAUGUUAUUAACAUAAAAUUUAGAACUGAUGGCACAUCAGGAUCUUUGAUUAUAAUCAAUGGCAACAGUAGAAAAUACUUAUAUGAGAACCCAGUUAUAAAUGUCUUGAAUAGGCUUUAAAUAUUUGUUAACAAUCUUUUUUUAUGGUAAUUAUUAUUAUAUACUAAUGAGACAUAUUAAUAUUAGUGGCGCAAUAUUAAGUUUAUAAAUAUUUUUCUAAUAUUAAGUGAAAUACAUUGUGAAUGAAUGAUGAUUACAAACAUGUUUGUACUAUUAUAAUAUUCAUACAUUGCUACCAUUAUUAUUAUCUAAAAUAAUUAGGUUUUUUUUUAAUUACACUAUGCUUAGACCUUAAUUUUAUUUUAGUGGACUAAAUUUAUAAUAUUAUUUAAUCUAGAAUACUGUGUUACAUACUAAAUAUGUUUUAUACAAAUCUGAACAUGUGAUGAAUACAUAAUAUUGUAGUUUCUUCAAUCUAUAUCAAAUGUAUAGAAUGGGAGGUUAAAACAAUUUUACACUAACAGUAAAUUGAUAUUAAUAUUCUUAUAAAAUUAAUACCUUAUAUUUAUAUUAUAAAUAUCUCAUAGUUUUAAUGGUUUUUAAACUUUGUGAUUUUUCAAGCUCCAUAUUUUUUAUUAAUGUUAAUAUUUUUACCUAAUCAUACCUACAUUGUAUAUUGUUAUGAGAAUAUAAAAAUGAUGUAAACAUAAUAAUAAUAAUACAGCAUUAUGAAAAGCAUAUACUUUCAAGUUAUUUAAUUUUCUUGUACAGAUAUUUUAAUGAAUUUUGAAACGAAACUUACUGUGUUCAUUGUAGAGAAUAUUAUAUAUAUUAUUAUUUUUAAAAAGGCUGUACUGUAGCCUAUUACACCAAUAAAAUGGGUUCAAUUGAAUGUAUAAUUAUAUUAAAAAUAAAUGAUUUUGUUUUUAUUACAAAAAAAUAUU